UUUAUGACAUAAAAGCGAAAAAUAUUUUUAACCUUUUGAAAAUGUCAUAAAUUGGCCGUGAAUAAAAAAGAUAUGGGUCGUUUUAAAAAAAAUUCUCGGACGAAACCGAAACAAAAAGAAACGUUAAAUUAUAUUGCUUCCUAUGAAGGUACUGAGACCAACCCAUCAACUAGUAGCCCUGAAUCGUUUGAAGAAGAGAACAGUAAUGUGUGGAACGAAGUGCUUCUUCGGUUGCGAGACUACUGGACCAAAUCAUCGAGCCCCAUCCAGAGUUCCAGCUCUUUUUGCUCAAAUCACUCGGCAGUCUCAGAAAAUUGUGAUCGUCAAGAAUUGGACCUGGAUUUCCUAGAGAAGCGUCACCAUGCAAACGGAGAGGCGUCGGAAAAGCGCCCAGGAAACGACGCUUUGCGGCCGCAGGACCCGCUUCAAAGUCCGCUAGAGUUUAGCCCGGAAAGUGUUGAUCGUGUUAAAGUGAUAUUCCUUGGUCCACCAGCAGUGGGCAAAACCAGCAUUGUUCAACAAUUCGUGUGGAAUAGCUUCUGUGACGAAUACCAGCCGACUGACCGUAAGCACACCUACUACCCAAGCGUGAUCUCUAACGACCGCCUAUACGAAAUUAAAAUCUCCGACUUACCAGUCAUACCUUAUUUCCCAGUCAAUUCGUAUUACGAGUGGACCGAUUACCGUUUCUACGGCUUGCGUUCCGCUUCUGCCUAUGUAUUGGUCUUCGAUCUCGCCAACCUAGAAACCUUCCAGUACGUGAAAACACUGCGCGAGCAAAUCUGCGAGAGCCGUAACAUGUCAAACGUGCCAAUUCUGGUUAUUGGUAACAAACUAGAUCUUAUAUCCGGUGAAGAUGGUGCUGCUUCAACAAGCGCCUCAUCCAAGGCAAUUACUGGUGGAGAUGCGGAAAAGCGACGCGAUAUCGCCAAUCUGGUACGCAAGCACUGGAAGUGUGGUUAUAUGGAAUGUUCAGCAAAAUACAAUUGGAAAUUAGUGGCGGCCUUUCGGGAACUUAUGGGCAUGGUAGAUAGCAUUGACGUGCGUGAGCAAAGUCCCAUGCUCGACAAUCUGCAGGAUGCGCUCGAUCGCAACAAGUGCGCAAUCCUUUGAAAUUCGGCCAGUGCGCAUCAUCUGCGCCAUGAUCCCUCACUAAGGAUGAGAAAGAUAUGCUUAACUUCAUUGAAAAGUUACGUUAUUAUCCUCAAAUUUAACUAUUGUUAAAGAAUGUUUAGUAUUAUUUUGAAAAGUGUUUUUUUGCCAUACUGUCCAUUUUAUUACAAUUUAUACUAUCCUCUAUACACGUAGAAGUCUAAAUUUCUGUUAAAUUAAUUGUAUUAAAUUUUAUUGUUUAUAAAUUUUAUAAAAACAACAACUUCAGAAAGUCUUUACGUGUAAAAACUGUUCAAAAUGUAUUGUGGCCAAAUACUUGUACACGAAAAACCAACAAAAAUUGAGUGUAAAUUAGUUGUAGACUUACUACUAGAUAAUUGUUGCAUAGUAAAAAACUAAGGGUUGUGAUUUUCUAAAAACGAUGACGAACCACUGUUUUAGGUAACAUCCCUUGAUGAAUCCUAGAUGUACAAUAAAAACGAAAACCCCUCGAAACAUGUAAUUAAGCCAAAUUAGAAUCUAAAUUACUUAAGAAAAUAAUUAAGCUGUAAGAAAAUGUUAUUGUAUGCUCAUUUAAUGCAGCUCAAAUAUUUUGUUUAUACAAUCAGCUGUAGCGAAUAUUUGUUAAUUGUGUACAUAAUUGUUGGUUUGGUAUUAAUGACUAAUCAUCUGCGUCGCACAAUUUUAAACUGGUUGUCAUUGCAAUCAUUAUUGUAAACUAUCAUGAUUGUACUUAAAAUAUACAACAAAUAAAAAAGUAUUAAUAAAUUCAUCAUCAAUUAA